UAGCGCCGGAAGCGGAAGCGGGAGCGGCGGCGGCGCUGGGCCGGUGGGGCCGGGCCGGGCCGCAGCCGCCGCCGAUCGCGGGGCGGAGGGAGGCGGAGGGGCGAUGCAUCACUGUAAGAGAUACCGGUCCCCGGAGCAGGAGAGCUACCUGGGCCACAGGUGGAAGAGGAAGAGGUCUCGUAGCAGAGACUACGAGGGGCGACUGCGAUACCCAGCCCGGAGGGAUGUCUCCAGGAGAUCGCGAUCCAGAAGCCAUGACAGGAUGCCUUAUCACAGGAGAUACAGACGGGACAGUGACGCCUACAGAUUUGAAGACCGAAGCCCAUCUUUUGGAGAGGACUAUUACUCGACCCGCUCGCGAAACUGGCGGCGAUCCAGAGGCAGAGAGCAGCACCGUCCAAAGAAGCAUCAGCAUCGCUGCCGGAAACGCAGGACCAGGUCUUGUAGCAGUGCCUCCUCGAGAAGCCAACAGAGCAGUAAGCGCAGCAGGAGCGUGGAAGAUGACAAGGAAGGCCACCUGGUGUGCAGGAUCGGCGAUUGGCUUCAAGAGCGAUAUGAAAUUGUUGGCAGCCUUGGCGAGGGUACUUUUGGCAAAGUGGUGGAGUGUGUGGACCAUGCCAGAGGCAAAUCUCAGGUGGCGCUGAAAAUCAUAAAAAAUGUUGGAAAGUACCGAGAAGCGGCCAGGCUGGAAAUUAAUGUCCUGAAAAAAAUCAAAGAGAAGGACAAGGAGAACAAAUUCUUAUGUGUCCUGAUGUCAGACUGGUUCAACUUCCAUGGCCACAUGUGCAUUGCCUUUGAGCUUCUGGGCAAGAACACUUUUGAGUUCCUGAAGGAGAACAACUUCCAGCCAUACCCUCUCCCUCAGAUCCGGCACAUGGCCUACCAGCUCUGCCAUGCCUUGAGAUUCUUACACGACAACCAGCUGACUCACACUGACCUCAAGCCAGAAAACAUCUUGUUUGUCAACUCUGAUUUUGACACUCUGUACAACGAGAAAAAGAGCUGCGAAGAAAAAUCCAUUCGGAACACAAGCAUCCGUGUGGCAGAUUUUGGAAGUGCCACCUUCGAUCAUGAGCACCACACCACUAUCGUGGCUACCCGGCACUACCGUCCACCAGAAGUGAUUCUGGAGCUGGGCUGGGCACAGCCAUGUGAUGUCUGGAGUACCGGCUGCAUUCUGUUUGAGUAUUACCGUGGCUUCACACUCUUCCAGACCCAUGAGAAUCGUGAGCAUCUUGUUAUGAUGGAAAAAAUCCUUGGGCCCAUUCCAUCCCACAUGAUCCACAAAACCCGGAAGCAAAAAUAUUUCCACAAUGGGAACCUGGUAUGGGAUGAGAACACAUCCGAUGGGCGAUAUGUCCAAGAGAACUGCAAGCCCUUGCGGACGUACAUGCUGCACGACUCGCUGGAGCACGCACAGCUCUUUGACUUGAUGAGGAGGAUGUUAGAAUUCGACCCUUCCCAGAGGAUCACGUUCUCGGAAGCCCUCCUGCAUCCGUUCUUUGCUGGCCUCUCUGCAGAGGAAAGGAUGCUCUGUGGUCGCGGCACCAGCCGGGACCUGAGCAGAUGACAGCUGGGGAGGGUGCAAAGCCUGCUGCAUUUGUACAUACGGGAUUGGCCUAGCCCCUGCAGUUCAGCUCCACUUGCUCUUCUCUCAGAGGGGCUGGGGCACUGUGACAAGGACCCUGGGGAGGGGAGGAAAAGCUACAUUGGAAAGCACAGAUUUGUCUAUUUAUAUGUUGUAAAGUUAAAAUAAAGUGUUUCUUAUUGUUUGAUA